ACUUGUGCGCCUUCCACUGACACCUCAGGGUGGGGCUCUACGAUGCGCUGGAGCGGGAAACCUACACGCCUGCGUGCCUCUUCCCCACAGGAGGGGAGAGGGCGAUGAAUGUAACUGUGGGGGGCAAGUUGCGCGGUGACGUCAUGACGCUGAGCGUGGGACGUAACCGCGGUGUGACGCACACCCUGGCGAGCCCGUUUGUUUUAAAUCAGACCUCACAGCUUGAUACAAAUAAAACAGACAACGUAUAAAUGUGCUUAGUAGACAGACCAGCAAUAUGGAUGAUUCAAAGAUAAAUACUGAGAUUACUGGUGCUAAAGAAGGACUCCUAGAUGACAGCAAUUUCAUCUCCAAGGGAGAAAGUGGCAUUCCUAAACCACAAGAGAGUGAAACAUCAUUUCAGAAAAACAAUAUAUUGACUCUGCCGGAAGAGCUGUCAAGGGACAGAUCUGAAAAAGCCUUAAGUGGAGGCCAGAAGUCUCUCUUUAUACAUACUGGUGCUCCUACUGUUUCUACUGAAAACUUUAUCUUGCCUAAAGGAACUGCUGUUAAUGGACCAGUUUCACACUCCACCUUAACUAAAACUUCCAUUAUGAAUAAAGGCAGUGUUUCAUUAACCACUGGACAACCUGUGGGUCAUACAGAUUCCUGCUUAACUUUGCCAGUGGUACAUGAUCUCCAGUUGCCUGCAAAGAGUACAACACAGAAAUCAAGUCAACACCAAGUGUUAUUUUUGUUACCUGAUGUAGCACAGGCUAAGAACCUGACUCAUUCCAUUAAAAAUCUACCUACCUCUGCUUCAGUUGGUUGUGAUACCCAGAAAUCUAUAGGAAAUAGUGUGAAAUCAGAUAGCACUUUAAUAAGCCAAGUAGAAGUGUGUGAGGAUAGCAAAAGUUUACUAGUAGACGAUGAUUGUGUCAAUACAUUAACAGGAAUUUCCUCAGGUACAGGUGGUUUCAGAUCAGGAAAUGAUACAAACUGGGAUCCACAAAAAGAGUUUAUACAGUUUCUUAUGACAAAUGAAGAAACAAUAGAGAAGUCUCCAGUUCACUGUAAAGUAAGUCUAGAGAAAAAGAGAAAAAGAAAAAUGGAUGUUAGCAAGAUAACACGUUAUACAGAGGACUGUUUUGAUGAUACAGAUUAUAUUCCCAGUAAAUCAAAAUUACUAAAUGUUGACUAUUUAGAGCAGAGUGAGGAUCUAGAAGUAGUAGAACCACAGAAAUAUGCAUUAACAAAAGUGAAGCCUGAAUCAACAGAUGAGGAGUUAGAAGCUGUUGAUGCUAUCCAACAAUUGAUUUAUAGUCCUACUAACAAAUGUGCAGAAGAUACUUCUCCAGUUCACACUAGCACUUUUCUUUCUAGUACUUUAAAAAACAAAUGUGAACAGAAUGAUUCAGAAUCACCAUCUACUUUCAGUACUGAUGAGCCAUCGUUUUAUCCUUGUACAAAGUGCAAUGUGAAUUUUAGGGAGAAGAAACACCUGCAUAGGCAUAUGAUGUAUCAUUUGGAUGGGAACAGUCACUUCCGUCAUCUCAAUGUUCCAAGACCCUAUGCAUGUAGGGAAUGUGGACGGACAUUUCGAGAUCGUAAUUCACUUCUUAAGCACAUGAUAAUUCACCAGGAAAGAAGGCAGAAACUGAUGGAAGAAAUCCGGGAGUUGAAAGAACUCCAGGAUGAGGGUAGAAGUGCACGAUUACAGUGUCCACAAUGUGUAUUUGGUACCAAUUGUCCCAAAACAUUUGUGCAACAUGCUAAAACCCAUGAAAAGGAUAAAAGAUAUUACUGUUGUGAGGAAUGCAAUUUCAUGGCUGUGACAGAAAAUGAACUGGAAUGCCAUAGAGGGAUUGCUCAUGGAGCAGUAGUGAAGUGUUCAAUUAUCAGUAGUGAUAUCUCCCAGAGAAAAACACAGAAAAAGACUUCAGGGAAAGAUCCAUAUGUAGGCUCAUCAAAAAAGUCAACCACAUAUAUGUGCAAAAUGUGUCCAUUUACUACAUCAGCCAGAAGCAUUUUAAAAAAACACAUGGAAUACUUGCAUCCAGCAUCGUGCAUUGAUCCAUUUGGUAGCCAUCUUAGAUUAGAAAAAAGGAAAAGCAGCAUAAUUGAAGAACCUUUAGAUUUUGGUAGCAGAACUAAACAUUUGAUCAAACAAUCAUCUACAUUUCCAAAGAAUUCUGUUCUAAAGCAAGAUGUAAAAAGAUCAUUUGGCUCAGCUUCACAAUCCAGUAACUUUGCGAAACUUCACAGGAGACCCCACAGGAUACAGAAGGCUCGGAAAAGCGUUUCACAGUCAGCUGUAAGUGUGUGCAAUCAAAACUCUACAAACAAGACUAUUUUGAUUAAAAAUAGCAUUGACCAAAAACCUAAAUAUUUCCAUCAAGCAGCAAAACAAAAAGCUAGUGUCAAAACAAGCAGUAAUUAUUUAUAUAGGCACAAAUAUGAAAACUACAGGAUGAUUAAAAAAUCUAGUGAUCCUUAUCCUUUACAUUUUAAAAAGGAAGAGUCCAGCUCUGUUAGUUCUUUACAUUUAUUUUCAUCAUCAAAUAGUCCCCAUAAUAAUUGUUUUAUGAUGGAUUCUCAUAAUCUUGAUUCCAAAAGCCCAGAAGGCUAUAAAGAUCGUAGGCGAGUAGCUGUAAAAAGAGUGGUUAAAGAGUCUAAGAGGGAAGGCUCUGUUACAGGAGAUGAUUUGGAUUGCUAUCCAGAUUUUCUACAUAAAAUGACUGUUGUUGUUUUACAGAAACUUAACUCUGCUGAAAAAAAAGACAGCUAUGAAACGGAGGAUGAAAGUUCAUGGGAUAAUGUUGAACUAUGUGAUUACACUGCACAGUCUAUGGAGGAUGAAUCUUACAGUGAUAUUAAUCAGGAUCAUGUAAACCUAUUCCCUUUAUUCAAAGGUAAAAUGGAGGAUCAAGAAGCUGGUGAUAAAUCCUCUCUUCAUUAUGAGCAGAAUGAUGGUUUUUAUUUUGAGUAUUAUGAAGAUGCAGAGAGUAGUAACUUUCUGCAUGAAUUACAUGAUCCUCAAAAUUUAGAAAACGUAGGAACAGCAUUGCCAAAGCAUAACUCAGUUUUCCAUUGGACUGAUUUAUCACUUGAGAAGAAGUCCUGUCCAUACUGUCCAGCAACAUUUGAAACAGGAGUUGGAUUGUCUAAUCAUGUUCGUGGGCACCUUCACAGAGCUGGAUUAAGCUAUGAAGCCCGCCAUGUUGUUUCACCGGAGCAGAUAGCGACAAGUGACAAAAUGCAGCAUUUCAAAAGAACUGGAACAGGAACCCCUGUUAAACGAGUUAGAAAAGCUAUUGAGAAAUCUGAAACUUCUUCUGAACACACAUGCCAGCUCUGUGGAGGUUGGUUUGAUACAAAAAUUGGAUUGUCUAAUCAUGUGCGAGGACAUCUGAAAAGGCUUGGCAAAACCAAGUGGGAUGCACACAAGUCUCCAAUCUGUGUUCUAAAUGAGAUGAUGCAAAAUGAAGAAAAAUAUGAAAAAAUCCUAAAGGCAUUGAACAGUCGCCGUAUUAUUCCCAGACCAUUUGUCGCUCAGAAACUUGCUUCAAAUGAUGACUUUUUAUCUCAAAAUGUUAUACCUCUUGAAGCAUACCGUAAUGGCCUAAAGACUGAAGAUAUUUCAGUGUCUGCAUCGGAGGAAGAAGGUCUGAGUUUCCUAAAUGAAUGUGAUGAAACAAAAACAGUACUACAUGAUGAAAAAAAAAAUCAGUCACUUACACUGAUAGAACUUCUGAAAAAUAAAAGGUUAGGAGAAGAAAGGAAUCCUGAUAUCUCUUCUCAAAAGAUCCAUAAUCAAACUGCACGGAAGAGGUUUGUUCAGAAAUGUGUUCUUCCAUUAAAUGAAGACAGUCCAUUGAUGUAUCAGCCGCAACGAAUGGACUUGACUAUGCAGUCAGGUAUGCCUGUGAAGCUUAGAACGUGUGUGCAUUGCAAUACGACGUUUACAAGUGCUGUUAGUCUGUCCAACCACUUACGCGCUUAUGCACGAAAGAAGAGUGCUGGACUUUUGACUGGGACAGUGUGUUCUCAACAGAACUGGAGCUCCUCCAAGUGAUCUUUCCAAAGAUGUUCAAUUAUCUUCAAUUUUAAAUUGGUUGUUCCUCUACUCUGCCAUGCUGAAUUGGAGCUUUUGGUGAGCAGUGAAUCCAGUCAGUCACACACAGCUUUCAGAAGCAGCAACUAAGCAGACAACAGGUAGUCAAGGUUGAAGGGAAAAGCCUUCUUUCAGAGAGACUGUUGUACUGAAUAUGGUGUUCAUGAAAGGUGAUAGUUGACAGCUGUGGAGACUGAUACCCUCUGUCCACAACAUGGGCAUAGGUAGUGGCAGUCAGAGCUUCCAUACACUUUGACAAUGUGCCUCACCCUAAUCUUAAGGAAUUUCCAUGAGGCUGGUUGGGUUCAGAUUUCUUUAUCUCUUUGCUGAGUGUUAGUGAGCCUGCUGUUUGUGGGAGUUUUACUUUGUCAUGUGGAAACUGUCCACUAGGAACUGGAUUGAAAGCACCAGACAGAUGUUGUUAAAUAACCGGUUUUGGUCAUAACAUGGACUGGGUUGGAAGAAGUGACCUAGGGGUGAGACUGUGUUAUUCUUAAGUUGGUGCUGCUUGUUUUAGUAUCCUGUCAGUACAGUAUGUGAGCAUCAAAAGUGUUUGUGCACACAUGGCUUUAAUUUAAGUGAGUUUACUACUCCUGAGUUUUAGCAAUUGAUGACAGUUUUACAGUUACUCAUAUACCAGUCUGUUUGGAGAAUGAAUCAUCUGAAUGUUGAUCAGAAGCAUCAGUCAAAUUUUACCAAAAGUUUUGGUCUUACCUUCUCUCCUACAGUGACCCGAAAGCAUAUUCAUGCUAGUUUGUGCUGUUAAAAGUAAAGAAACGUACUCAAAGUCAAAAACCACAAGAAAAGGGGACAAAUGUGUUGUGUGGAAUGCUACUUCAACUCAUGGCCAGUUUUAACAUUUGAAUUGCUUGUAAAUUUGUUUUCUAAGUCUAUUGUUACUAUUGUUUCAUGUGGACUGAUCCUUAUGUUCCAACCUUACUCCUUUUACUCUAUGUGAGAGGGGCUGCAUUCACUGGAAGUCUUCGCUGAGUUCUUCAGUCCUGUGUUUUAGAGUUAUUCUAUCUAGAGCCUGUGUACUAGACACAGCAAAAAAUUACUUGCCCAUUCUCUCCUUCCUUCCCUCUACACACUGUAAAAUCCCUGUCUGGCUAUUGCAAAGUCACCUCUCUUGGUGCAUUAUGCCAGACUCCAUUUUCCUAUGUUAGGGCCCAAUUGAGUGUGGGAUGGUCAGGGAGGUUUUUCUCAGAAGAUUGCACAUCCCUGUCCUAGAAUUGCUAGCCUUCAGGAACCCUUUGUAAGAAAAGCUAGGAUUAGGACACAAGUGAAUGGUAUAGCCUCGCUGAAACACUAGAGUAUUUGCCUGAGUGAGAAGAGUCCAAUUUUUUGAUGGGAAUGAGGGAAUCUAGCCUUGAAGUCUGUCUGUAUCCAGAGAAAUCCGAUCUAAGAGACUCUGAGCCACAAAGCAUUUCUCUCACAAGAGCGACCUCCUUCUGGUUUUUAGAGCCUGCUACACGUAUAGUGCUGCCACUUUGUAGACCUUUUUCACGUUCUUUAAUGUCAUUGAUUUUGUAACUGCUAACUGACCUCAGAAGGAUCUCACAUCAAUGCUUUGGCAAUCUAAUGGAGCUGUGGUCUCUGUUUCCUCCAGUUUUCCUCUCUGGGGUGUUCUGCAAAAUCCACAGAGGCAAAGCCAUUGUUGUAGAACUAUUUUCACCUUGCCAGAUGGAUCUCCUUUUAUGCUAAUUGUUCUCUACUGGCACACUGGUAUCCAGGCCUCAGGUAUCCUGUCUCCUCUCUGAGAAGUAUCCUGUCAUCCUUCUCAGAGAGAAGGAUGGCCAUAAAUUUCAGUACCUUCCAGGCAAAAUGCAAACCUUGCUUUUUUGAGCAAGAUGUCCAUCAGUAAUACUAGAUUUAAAAGGGGAAAAAUACAGAAUGAAUUAAGCCCAGUUCCUCCUGACUGGGAGGAGAGAUUAUAUCUCUGUGCAGGUGAUUAUAUCUCUUGCGGAAGGUGCUCAGAUGCUGCAUUUUUGAGGGUUACAUAAAAACUUAUGUAUUUAUAUAGAUGAGGCUGAAAAGGAUCUUUGAUACCUAUGAGAGGACACAAAGUGAUUAAAAUUAGUACCUUGUACUGAGAGCACCUUUCACCUGAAGAUCUCAAAACUCCUUAGCGGAGCAGAGAGGUUGAGCAUCCCAACUAGUUUUAAAUUUGUGAAUGGUGUUGCCUGCAAUAGCCAAAGACUGUACUUAAUGAUCCACGAGUUCCCUUCCAGUCCUAUGAUCCUCCCCAAAGAUAAGGUGCCAGUGGUCUGGUAAAGGCAAAGCCACCAAUUUAAUGGUUUCUUCUCCUGUGUAAUUCAUACUUUCCUAAAGCUUGGAAGAUAUGGUCUUCUCUCCAUUAUAGAAAAUGGAAUAUGUUCUUGUAUGUUACCAUAAAGCAUUAGGGCCAAUUUCUGUUCCCUUGAUCACAUCCUUCACUUUCUCCAAGAGGGUCUUGAUAAAGUCCUUGCUGUCAGCACCUUUUGUGUCCAGAGCCCUUUGCUUGCCGCUGUCAAAGAGAACACCAUUGGGCCUCAUCUACUAAUAGAAGGCUUCCUUCAACUUUGUGUAAAUAAGCCUAUCUGGAUACCUGUUUUGUACCCAUUUGGAGUCUGAAUUUAAUUCUCUCCUACCUUCAAGACUCAGAAGUGUCAGUGAAUUUUCUAUUGGCUUUUUAGUCUUUUUUCUAGAUAAUAUUGUUUCCAGAAAAGGGAUCAGCAACUUGGCAGCUGUCUCUUUAUCUCUUCUCCCUUACUCUCUUUCCACAACAAUAAGAUGAUAGAGGGAGAGGGAACAUCUUGGUACUUAGUCAGUAGCUAGUUUCUGUGGCAGCUUCUGAACACUAUGGCCUUGAGGUUCUAUCUGGAAAGAAUUAGCGGAACAGAAAUCUUUAAAUAGUUAUUCUGUUGGACAGAAUCAGGGAUGAAGACAAGGCCUCUAAAAAUAAGUUUGGCCCACUGGAUUAAAACCUAUAGAUCAAGUGUCCAUCUAAAGGGAUCCCCUGCUCCCCAGAAUAUUCACCCAUGGUAGGAAAAAAAUGCAAAGGUGCAGUGUGAUGCUCUCUCUUUUCUCUUAAUUGGUAUGAAUGCGUAAGCAGAGGCGGCUUUGAGUGCUAUUGUCUUUGUGUCAUUAUCUUUGACUGGUAUAUCAGAGAAUGCAAACAUUAGGAUUUUACAUCUUAAUGUUUCUGCACCUGAGAAACACCAGCAUAAAACAGAGAUUCUCAAACUUUGUCACAGUGAGCCUCCCUAAGCUUAGAGAGAGAGAGAGAGAGAGAGAAAAUUGCACCUCCCAGCCCCCCAUCGUUUACAGUGACAACACAAAACUGAAAAUCCUAUACUUUGCAAGAAUAUGAAUAAUAAUGUAGCAGGGUGUGAUCAGUAUAGUUAAAAUAAGGAUAUGAGUAUCAAAAGUACUAAUUUUAUUGCAGAAAUUAUUUAUCGUGCUAUCUCACAGUUAUGUUCCAAAAAAUACAAACUGUAGCAACUAAAAUAAAACUGCACUAACAUUUUAGGAAAUUGUAACACCAUUGACUGCGUGACACCGCCCCAGCUGUCCUGGGCUUACAGGCAGGGAACAGGGCCCCCCAUUUAGUGCAGGUGGGAGGUGGGGGGCAGGUCAGAGGUUCGCCAGCACUGUGAGUUCUGCAUAAGUCUGGUGAAGCAGGGAGUCCAUCAGGGUACUAAGCUGGCAGCUGGGACUGAGCUGGGCUGCUGCUGGCCAGGACCAGCUGGUUACUGUCUAGCUGCACUGGUGCUACAGGAGAGGUGGUGUGUCACGCUGAGCAGGAACCAUGCAGGGUCCAUGGCUCCCCACUGCCACAGGAACCCCCAUAGUGGCUUCUCCCUGUCGCAAGCAGCCAAUCUCCAGCACCAGGGAUGGAGAGGAAGGCAGUGCCAAUAGCCUCUGCAGAGCAAAGAGCCGGCUUUGCAUAAGGGCUGCUGUCAUGAUAGGGGCACCAGCUGGAAAUGAACAGCUGCAGCAGCUGGGGAAAGAGAACCCUUCUGCUAAGCCCAAUUCAUCCAGCCCUGCAGCCCAGGGAUGAACAGCAGCUCAGUAGCAAAUGGAGGGGAUAUUGCAGGGCCGGGCUGAGGCAGGAGUGGAGGGGAGCCCCAGGUAUGUGGCUGGGCUGGGUGGAAGGGGAUGGAAGGGAGCCCCUGGGAUAUUGCGGAGGAGCUUCAGCCAAAGAGGAGAGCCCCCGGGGAUCUCCGAGCCCCAGCUGAGCUGGUGAGCAGAGCACAUGGGGAAGAUGGCAGGGGUGGCAGGCCUUGUGUUACUGGAGAAAAGAUGGGGAAUCAGGAGAAUCCCUGUGCUGCUGUAGGCAGAGAUAAGUUGGGGGGGUGGAGCAGGGGAGCCCCUGCAAGCUGCUUCCCCCACAGAUCCCUGGCUGUCCACUGUCCCAGCACUGUCCUCUGGACAGAGCUCUGGCCCCUUCUGCCCUGCCCCUAGGCAGGACAGAGCUCUGGGUCUGCUCUGGGAGCACUUAACUGCUGGCCAAAAGGCAGACAACUGGUGCCUGUGCCUCAUUGUCUGAGAACCUCUGGUCUAGAGUGACUGUCCGUGGUGCUGCUGAUGCCGUUUCCAUUACUGUUACUUUGGUAGUUCUAUGUCAUUAGUGUUUCGUGUUCAUGUUUAGGAGUAGUUAAUGUUUCCACAUGCCUCCAGACUCUCCCUUGAGUUUAGCUUCAUGGUAAGUGUAAAUCAUUACACAAUGUCAAGUACAGUUUAAAGUUAUUUCCCAACCAUGGCUGAUGUAGUUUUUUUCCUUGCAAGGCCUCUGUUGCAAACUUCUAUUUCCUCUGCCCCUAGAGGGCUCAGCCCCUCUUAAUUCUAAAUCCACAUGCUGGUAUGCUUCAGCAGUAUUUAUGCUGUACCUUCAUGCAUAGUUCAAACACCUGAUAAGACAGUGAUACAGCAAGUGGCUCUUUCAUCUCUAUACAUUUGUAAUAGGUUGACAGACUUUAUCACAGAGGUUCAUAAUCCCUGUUUUCUUGUUAUUCCUUUUAACCAUUGAAUAGACAAAUGGUAAGAAAGCUUCAGCUGAGAGUCCCAGAGACAGGACAGGACCAAAACUUUUGCUUUGGUUUGGCGCUUGAAUGAUGUGAGCAGAUGACUGUGCAUUCCUCACUGUUGUAGCAGAUGUAAACAAGACCUCCUUGCAGACAGAAGUUCUCAUUCAUGUUUUGGAUUUAAAUCAAAUUAGCUUGACUGUGUUAACAUUUUGAAGCUGUAACUGUAUUUUUAUAACAUAAUUUGAACUAUAGUUAUCAACAGAUCUUCCAUGACCGAAAAAGUUUCAAGAAUGAAAGGGAAGUUCAAACUGUCAUUGGGUAAUUCCAGGUAAUUCCACAAUAACAGUUACUAGUGCUUGCUGGAACUAAAAUGUAUCUAGCUUCAUGAUUGUCCUAUGGUUUUUAGAGGAGAACAAACACUAAGAUAAACAAAGAUAGGAAAAGACUAUCUUUGCUUCUUUGUGAAUCAUUCUCUGAGUUUGAAAGGUAAUUGAAAGUUUUGGAAUUUAGAUGGCAAUUUAACAGGGCACAAUAAGAGAAAAUAAAUGGGUUUUUCAGCAUGGUUAUAAAUGAAGGUUUGUUGAAUAUUUCUAUUUGGUUUAGGACUAACUUUUAAUUGUUAACUUUUUUAUAUAUGGAAAAUGUUCU